AUGUUUUUCUUUCAGUUUGUGCUACGAGUGUGGAAAUCGUGUAAAGCGAUUGUGUUCUUCUGCCGGAACUGCGAGCGUUUCCUGAUUCCUCCGAGCGAGUGGGACCAGUACAGUCUGGAGCCGAAGGAACUUCUGUCGAAACUCAAGCAGGACGCGAUUCCGGAGCUGCUGCUGUUCAAAAAUUACUACGACAAAUCCCUGCGCAGACAGUGCCGCAACUGGAAGCUCAAGCACCUCACCGAGGAGGACGCGUUGGACACGGACAUUAAGGAGGACUGCAACGAGUUCCUCGAGGACCUCGAGGAGGAUCCGGAAAUGCGACAGAACGUCGACAUCUUCAAGGACGCCGCCAGGCAGCAGUCUGUGCCGGUGGACGUCAACGAUAUGGCCGACCCGUCGGUGCCGCGCAUCACCCUGGAGGAGUUGCUCGACGAUCUGUUGCUGACGGUCGCCCAAUAUGGUCAAGCUCUCCGAGAUACAGUUAGUGUUAAACAACCACAUAGCAAGUUGUCGAACUUGCGUCGUGAGUACAUCAAACAGGUUCACAAGGUUCGACUCAGUUUUGACGAUCCUCCCCAAAUGAACCUGGGGUAUCCUUAUCAAACGGAGUCAUCAACUACUCGCAGAUAACUUUGAGGUGAAUUAAAUGAAAUUUUUCAUGUUGUUAUUAACGAAAAUUAAAAAUAAAUGAGUGGUCAAAACUAACAAUAGCUUUUUUUGCGUUCUUUUUUUAUAUUGAAACAGCAAAAGUACUUUCUACUUGGGUUUAGUAACGGGAAACAGGAUCGUAUAUAAGUAUAGUCCAGACUCGAUUAUCGGAAGCCUCGACCAGACAUGCAUCAUCACUAAGAGCUCUUCUUAACGGCACCCAGCUUGUUCUAGUUGGCAUUUACGUUUAAAGUAAUGUUAUGCUUGAAUAAUGUGUAGAAAACAUUGGUUCAUUGGAAAACCCGACUUUAGGUAUAUUUUCAUGUGACUGUGCUCAGAGCGAGUUGUGGCGCUAUAACCACGGCAAAUAGUGUCCAGGGCAUUCGUGGAAAUACAAUGUCCCAUCCCAGAGGGUCCCGGAGUACCAAACCUUCUUAGCAUGGUGCUCCCAACGAAUACAACCAAAAAUAUCGGAGCGUAUGGUGGUGUGUCCCCACGCUUCUUCCUCCCCUGUCGAUUCAGAAUUGUGUUGUUGUUCGAACACUCAGUGCUCAAACUCAAACCAACUACGAGUCAUCUCUGCGAUACGGCUUUACGCAGUAGGCCUGGCCGGUUUAACGCUUGUGAUGUUUCAAUGCAUUCUGAUGCAAUGGCGCACUACGAAUGUUAAUAAAUGACAAGAAGAGUGCUAGGCGUCAUCUAACCUAAGGCACUCUCCAGGAUCCCUUCGAAAGAUUGGCUGCGCUAGGGUCUGAUUAGAUUAGAUUAGAUUUUCAUGUGACUGUGCUCAUAAGCUCUCAAGAAGAACUUCUCAAAAGCUCUUUGAGUGCACUCUAAAAGAAGAGUUAGAGCGGAUGCACGUCUGGCCUCGACCAGGGCCCAUCAAUAAUUCAUGUGGACACUUUUUUGGAAAAUUUCAUUUUGAGAUUUUUUGUUCUACAAAAAAAACCUAAUUCUCAUGUUUGUUUUUGUACUAGAAUCUUUCUAGUAUUCUUAUUUGCAUUUAUAAUGAUUUGUUAAUGUUUUUAUUUUCAGUCUGAGGCUAAUUCUACAACCUCUUGCUAAUGUGCGAUUUUCAAAAUUUUCCGGUCACCUUUUCAUUUUUUUUUAAAUGAGCAAUUCUCUACGAAAUCGGUCUUUUUUCUUCAAUUUUAAUUUUUGUAUUUUUUAAUCCGGCUGAAACUUUUUUGGUGCCAUCGGUAUGCCCAAAGAAGCCAUUUUGCAUCAUUAGUUUGUCCGUAUAAUUUUCCAUACAAAUUUAGCAGCUGUCCAUACAAAAAUGAUGUAUGAAAAUUCAAAAAUCUGUAUCUUUUGAAGGAAUUUUUUGAUCGAUUUGGUGUCUUCGGCAAAGUUGUAGGUAUGGACACUGGAAAAAAAUGAUACACGGUAAAACAAAUUUGGUGAUUUUUUUAUUUAACUUUUUAUCACUAAAACUUGAUUUGCAAAAAAACACUAUUUUUAUUUUUUUUUAUUUUUUGAUAUGUUUUAGAGGACAUAAAAUGCCAACUUUUCAGAAAUUUGCAGGUUGUGCAAAAAAUCAUUGACCGAGUUAUAAAUUUUUGAAUCAAUACUGAUUUUUUCAAAAACUCGAAAUAUUGGUCGCAAAAAUUUUUCAACUUCAUUUUUCGAUGUGAAAUCAAAUUUGCAAUCAAAAAGUACUUUAGUGAAAUUUCGAUAAAGUGCACCGUUUUCAUGUUAAAUCCAUUUUUAGAUGACUUUUUUGAAAAUAGUCGCUGUUUUUAAUUUUUUUAAAUUAGUGCACAUGUUUGCCCACUUUUGAAAAAAAUAUUUUUGAAAAGCUGAGAAAAUUCUCUAUAUUCUGCUUCAAAAAGGCUAAACAUUCAAUAUUACUCCCUUUUUAAAUGUUAGUCUUGAUUUGAAAAUUUUGAAAAUAUUGUUUUCAAAAAGAUCAGAAAAUUUCACAAAUGUUUCAUAUUUUAACAUUGAAAAUCGAACCAUUAAUUGCUGAGAUAUCAACAUUGAAAAAUUGUGGGCUGUUUGGGUUAGACUUAGAAAACAUCAAUUUUCCUUCUUUUAAACCUUUGCAUUGCAAUAGAGUUAUCUACGCGCGCAUGUAUUGCGUGUACGUACACGAAAAAGAUUGAGGUUAAAUUUUGUACCAGCCAGCAAAACAAAUGGCGUGCUAGUGUGCGUGAGAGCGGGCUUAGAUAACUCUAUAUCUCAGCAACUAAAGGUCGUAUCAACAAAGUCUGAAGAAGCAAAAUAUAGAGAAUUUUCUCAGCUUUUCAAAAAUAUUUUUUUAAAAGGUGGGCAAACAUGUGCACUAAUUUAAAAAAAAUGAAAAACUGCGACUAUUUUCAAAAAAGUCAUCUAAAAAUGGUAUUAACAUGAAAACGGUGCACUUUAUCGAAAUUUCACUAAAGUACUUUUU